GCAGGAUCUCUGCAGCUGUGGCGGCGCCGGCAAAGCCCGACCGAAAGCCGCGGUGCAGACGCCUGUCCCACCCGCCCAACCUCCGAGGGAGCCAGCCUCUUCUAGGACACAGCCUGCUUUUUUUCUGUUGUCUUUUCUUCUUAUCUUGCAUGUUCUGAAAACCCCGUAGAAUUUCCCGUCGGUUCCCAGAGCCAUGGAGGUGGCGCUGCCCGAGGACCUGAAGCGGGCCGCCAGACUGGCCAAAAGGAGACACGCGGAGCUGUGCAGGCAGGAACGGGUCUUCAACGCCAGGAACCGGAUCAUUGGGGGAGACAUAGAAGCCUGGAAUCUUCAGGUUCAUGACCAGAAGAUAAAAGAAGCAACUGAAAAAGCUAGACAUGAAACCUUUGCUGCUGAAAUGAGGCAUAAUGACAAAAUCAUGGUCAUGUUAGAAGACCGGGAAAGGAAAGAUAAGAAAAAUCUCUGUAGAGCUAUCAAUGAUUUCCGACAGAACUUUCAGAAGCCAGAAACUCGCCGUGAAUUUGAUCUGUCUGACCCCCUAGCCCUUAAGAAAGAUAUUCCAGCCCGACAGUCAGAUAAUGAUAUUCGGAAUACAGUAUCAGGAAUGCAGAAAUUCAUGGGAGAAGAUUUAAACUUCUAUGAGAGGAAGAAAUUCCAAGAGGAGCAAAACAGAGAGUGGUCCUUUCAACAACAAAGGGAAUGGAGGAAUGCCCGUGCUGUCCAAAAAUGUGCAGAGGACCUCUACACAGAGACAAGGCUGCAGUUUGAUGAAACAGCCAGGCACCUACAGAAGCUGGAAAGUGCUACCAAAAAGGCAGUUUGUGCAGCUGUGAAAGAAUUCAACAAGAACCAGGCCAUGGAGUCAGCGGAAAGGAAAAACCAAGAAAAAAAGCAAGAACAGGAGGACAACCUGGCUGAGAUCUCCAGCCUCCUGCACGGGGACCUGCUCUCCGAGAACCCACAGCAGGCAGCCAGCUCCUUCGGGCCCCACCGUGUGGUCCCCGACCGCUGGAAGGGAAUGACCCAGGAGCAGCUUGAGCAGAUCCGCCUGGUUCAGAAACAGCAAGUCCAGGAGAAGCUGAGGCUCCAGGAGGAAGAGUACCAGCGAGACAUGGACUGGGACCGGCGGCGGAUCCAGGGGGCCCGCGCCACCCUGCUGUUUGAGCGGCAGCAGCAGCGCCAGCAGCGAGACCUGCGCAGGGCUCUGGAUAGCAGCAACCUCAGCCUGGCCAGGGAGCAGUGCUUGCAGAAAAAAUACAUGAAUGAAGUCUGUACAAAUCAACCCACAGGAGAUUUUUUCACACAAUUUAAUACAACAAGUCGAUAAUGAAAAAAAAUCCUCAUUCCCCUCAUUUAUGUAUAAAGUACAGCAACCUUAAA